AUGACCACAUUCAAGGAGGCAGUGACAUUUGAGGACGUGGCUGUGAUCUUCACCCAGGAGGAGCUGAGUCUGCUGGAAGCUGCCCAGAGGAAAUUGUACCUAGAUGUGAUGCUGGAGAACUUCAGGAACCUGCUUUCUGUGGAGCAUCAACCAUUCCCACGAGAUACAUUCCACAUCCUAAGGGAAAAAAAGUUUUGGAUGAUGAAGACAGCAACCCAUAGAGAAGGGAAUUCAGGGCACCUUUCAAAAUCUGUAGGCGAGGUCCCAACUAAGAUGGAGACUGUUCCAGAAACAGGACCGCAUGAAGAGUUGUCCUGCCAGCAGAUCUGGGAACAAAUUGCAACUGACUUAACCAGGUCUCAAGACUCCAUGAUAAAUAGCUGUCAGUUCUCCAGACAAGGUGACGUUCCCGGUCAGACUGAGGCAGGACUUAUUCAUAUACCACAGAAAACUUACCAGCAUAAAGAACAUAAACAAUUCUUCAGUGAUGUCUUUGUCUUUGAUCUUCAGGAGCAAUUACACUCAAGAGAGAAGUCUCAUACAUGUGAUGAGUGUGGAAAGAGUUUCUGUUACAGAUCAGCUCUUUGUAUUCAUCGGAGAGUCCACUUGGGAGAGAAACUCUGUAAGUGUGAUGUGUGCGGUAAGGAAUUCAGUCAGGGCUCACCUCUGCAAGCUCAUCAGAAAGUUCACACUGGAGAGAAACCAUUCAAAUGUGAGCAAUGUGGGAAAGGCUUCAGUCGUAGAUCGGCACUUAAUGUUCAUUGCAAAUUAUACACAGGAGAGAAACCUUAUCAUUGUGAGGAAUGUGGAAGGGCCUUCAUUCAUGAUUCACAGCUUCAGGAACAUCAGAGAAUCCAUAAUGGGGAGAAACCAUUCAAAUGUGAUAUAUGUGGUAAGAGCUUCCGUAGUCGAUCAAAUCUUAAUAGACAUUCCAUGGUUCAUAUGCGAGAGAAACCAUUCAGAUAUGAUCCAUGUGAUAAUAUUAAUAGCUUUGGUCAGAGAUCAGUAUUUAAUGAUCAUUGCGUGGUCCACAGAGGAGAGAAACCAUACAAAUGUGAGGAGUGUGGAAAAGGCUUUGUUUGUAGGCAAGAUCUUUAUAAGCAUCAUAUGUACCACACAGGAGAGAAACCAUAUAAUUGUAAAGAAUGUGGAAAGAGCUUCAGAUGGUCCUCAAGUCUAUCGAGACAUCGGCGUAUCCAUACUGUAGAAACACCAUUUGAAUGUGGGAAGGGAUUUUAUACGAAUUCACGACGCUAUUCCCAUCACAGAGCCCACAGUAUAGAAAAGUCAUACAAAUGUAAGAAAUGUGGGAAGGGCUACAUUAGUAAGUUUAAUCUUGACUUGCACCAGAGAGUCCACACGGGAGAGAGACCUUAUAAUUGUAAAGAAUGUGGGAAGAGCUUUAGCCGGGCCUCAGGCAUUUUGAGACAUAAGAGACUCCAUAAGAAACCAUUCAAAUGUGAGGACUGUGGGAAGAGCUUUGUGCGUAGUUCAUAUCUUAAAGACCAAUAA